GCCCAUGUGCUCUGUAUGGAUUGUUGAUGUUACCCUUUGCUGCUUGAUUAUCUGCAAGCCGGCAAGAUGUCCAGCACACCACACGACCCUUUCUAUUCUUCUCCUUUUGGCCCUUUUUAUAGAAGACACACUCCAUACAUGGUGCAGCCAGAGUAUCGAAUAUAUGAAAUGAACAAGAGACUGCAGUCUCGUACAGAAGAUAGUGACAAUCUUUGGUGGGAUGCCUUUGCAACAGAAUUUUUUGAAGAUGAUGCAACAUUAACACUGUCAUUCUGCUUAGAAGAUGGACCAAAGAGAUACACAAUUGGAAGGACCCUCAUUCCUCGAUACUUUAGUACAGUUUUUGAAGGAGGUGUUACAGACCUGCAUUAUAUUCUCAAACACUCCAAAGAAUCCUACCACAGCUCAUCCAUCACGGUGGACUGUAAUCAAUGCAGCAUGGUCACUCAGCAUGGGAAGCCCAUGUUCACUAAGGUAUGCACUGAAGGCCGACUCAUUUUGGAGUUCACAUUUGAUGACCUCAUGAGAAUCAAGACGUGGCACUUUACCAUUAGACAAUAUAGAGAACUAGUACCUCGCAGCAUUUUAGCCAUGCAUGCACAAGACCCUCAAGUGCUAGAACAAAUUUCCAAAAAUAUCACCAGGAUGGGUCUCACCAACUUCACCCUCAACUACCUCAGGUUGUGUGUAAUAUUGGAGCCAAUGCAAGAAUUAAUGUCAAGACAUAAAACCUAUAACCUAAGUCCUCGAGAUUGUCUGAAGACCUGUUUAUUUCAAAAGUGGCAGAGAAUGGUUGCACCACCAGGAAUGGAUGACAGAAGGUUACACUUAGGAAAUGUCACAUUAGAAAGUUUGGAGGAAAGCGCACCAAGUAGCAGCAGAAAGCACAUGAAAAUUAAAUGUAUGGCAGCAAAUGCAAGAAGCAUGACGGCAGAACCAACAAGACAGACAACCACCAAAAGAAGAAAAAGGAAAAACUCAACAAGCAACACUUCAAACAGUAAUGCCGGAAACAAUUUAAACAGCAUGUAUAGCAAGAAGAAAAUAUCAGCUGCAAACCUCAACCUGUCAAGUCAAGUCCCCUUCAUCACUACAAAAAAAUGCAUAGGAGAUAAGACACGGGUCAGAAGGAAUUAUCGUGGAAUACGGAACGGUUUGGAUGUGAUGGUGGUAGGAGAACCAACAUUGAUGGGAGGCGAAUUUGGAGAUGAAGAUGAAAGACUUAUCACUAGACUCGAAAAUACACAAUAUGAUGCAGCUAAUGGUUUGGAUGAUGAAGAAGACUUCAACAGUUCACCUGCAUUGGGAAACAAUAGCCCGUGGAACAGCAAACCUCCAACUAAUACAGAGAGCAAAUCUGAAAACCCAGCACAACCAACAACCCAAUAGGUUAAAGUCAUUGUUAAAGAACUCAGUUUGAUGUUGGACAAUCCGUUGCAACUACCAACCAUUUUAUUAUUACCAUAAUUAUACUUCAUAGUAUAAUUAAUUCAACAAAGAACUUUUUACAUAUAAACUAUUUCUUAACAGCAUUUGAUUAAGUAUUUUUAAUUGAUAGAUGUGCAAGUAUUUAAAGUCUCCUCAUUAGUUUCAAAUGAUUUCUUUGCUGCUUGGUGGUACAUUAUAGGAAAUUAUUCUCCAUAUGCUAUGGCAAAAUUCAUUAGAAUAUCAUGUGAUUCAACAAAUGACUAUACUAUGGUGUUGUACAUGUUGUACCAAGAUUUUUACAAAAAAGGUCAGAAAAUACUGACCAGAAGAAAGAACGUAAUCUGUUUCCCUUAUAUAUCACAUGUAUCCUUGAUUCAAAGAUUGGCCACAAAAAAAUAUAAACGUUAUUAAAAUUAAUUAAAAAAAUAAUGGUAAUAUUUAUAUUAUAUAUCAGGGAUACAUGCGAUAUAUAAGGGAAACAGAUGUGCUAUUAAGUGCAUUCUUCUGGUUAGUAUUUUCUGACCUUUUUUUGUAAUUUCCUAUACAUGCACAGGACUUUAGCCCCAAUACAUUCAUGCCAAUAUAUUUAUUUAUAGGGCAUUCCCAUUGAUACAAGUGUAGCGCCAUUGCACACAUUCAUUUAAUAGUUUAUCUACCAAAAAACAUUUAGCCAUCUUUAAAGUAAAAUAUUCCAUGCCUAAGUAUAUAUCUGCGUGUGUUAUGAUACGGAUUAGUUUAAUAUGGUAUUGUUUCGCUGGUAUAAAUGCUGUUGUUGUGGGGAUAAGAGAGAAAUUAUUAAAUGCACUUUUAAAGGGCCCCUCAAUGCAGAAGAAUUACAUAAUUAAUAAGUGUAUAAUAAAAAGACAGUGAUUUAACACCGAGGGGCCGA